AUGAACUCAAUCCGAGUUGUAUUGUCGGUAGUGGUGGCGUUGGAGUAUGUGACCGAACGGUUGGAUGCGGAUACAGCUUUCUUGAACAGCGAUCUCAAGGAGCGCGUGUACAUGGAGGUUCUAUACGGCAUCAACAACACCAAGAAUAUGGUGUACAGACUGGAUAAAGCGAUAUAUGGUUUGAAACAGAUGAAGAAAGGCAUGCAUGUGUAUGUCUGCCUGUACGUGGAUGACAUGAUCAUCGCGGAAGACAACCAAGGUGCGAUAGCGCUGGCGAGCAAUGCGGGCUACAACGCUAGGACCAAGCACGUCGACAUCAAGCAUGAUUUCGUUCGAGAGAACGAGGCUCGAGAUGGCAUUGAGGUGAACUACAUCCCAACGAAGGAUCCGUUUGCAGACAUGCUGACCAUGGGACUCGGGACAAAGCGUCUCCAGUGUCUGAUGAAUGCAAGCGGAAUCUUCGCCAAGGAUGCGCAGCACUAG